CGGAGAAGUGCCUGGCGUCACGUGACCAGCAACCGUCCUGUUAGCUUCCAGUAGGUGGCCAGCUACUCGUCGUUGUCAUGGCGUUCUUCGGGCACCAUAUGUGCAGAGCUUUCUCCUCAUCGGCCUUCAGGAGUGUGGCCAUCAAGCAUGUGGUCAUCAUCGGCGGAGGACAAAUGGGUGCGGGAAUCGCUCAGGUCGCUGCGUCGACAGGCCACCAAGUAACGCUGGUGGACACGUCAGACGCCAUCUUGACGAAGGCGGUCAAGGGCAUUGAGGCGAGCUUGAAGAGAGUGGUGAAGAAAAAGUUUGCUGACAAGCCUGAGGCGGGUGUGGCGUUCAUUGAGAAAGCUCUACGCAACGUGUCCAUCGCGACAGACGCCGCCGCCGCUGUCCAGAGUGCAGACCUUGCGUUAGAGGCCAUCGUGGAAAACCUGAAAGUCAAACAGGAUCUUUUCAGCGUGCUUGAUAAGACUGCGCCGGCACACACCAUAUUUGCCAGCAAUACUUCGUCGCUGCCCAUUGGCGACAUCGCGAGUGCCACCUCCAGGCUGGACCGGUUUGGUGGCCUGCAUUUCUUCAACCCGGUCCCCAUGAUGAAACUCGUCGAGGUCAUUGGAACAUCCGCCACGAGCCAGGAGACAUUCGAUUCCCUGAUGAACUUUAGCAAUGCGCUGGGCAAAACGAGCGUGUCCUGCAAGGACACACCAGGAUUCAUCGUGAACCGUCUGCUCGUCCCCUACAUGCUGGAGGCCGUCCGUCUGCAUGAGAGAGGUCACGGGUCCAAAGAAGACAUCGACGUGGCCAUGAAGCUGGGUGCUGGUUAUCCAAUGGGACCCUUUGAGCUGCUGGACUAUGUGGGUUUAGAUACAGCCAAGUUCAUUUUAGAUGGUUGGAGCGCCAUGGAGCCAACUAAUCCUCUCUUUAGCCCGAGCCCUUUGCUCAACAAGCUGGUCGCAGAUGGAAAGUUUGGCAAAAAAACGGGAGAAGGAUUCUACAAGUACAAGUAGCUUCACUUUUGUUAGGAAUGGCGACAGCAGCGGAACCAGACCGAUGAAUAAGUACAAUGUUGCUGUGGUGAUAAUGUGACUCACAAUAAUGCUGUGUGCCUUUUUUCCCUGAAUAAUGACUGGAUUAGCACUACCAAAUGUGCUAACUGUGGAUCAUGAAUAAACACGGGGGGGGGGGGUGUAUUUUUGUCAAUUACCAA